AUGAAAAAAAUAAGCAAAAAGCCUAUUAUACUAAAACCACUUGAUAGCUCUUUUGGAGUAUAUCUUCCCCUUGACAGCCCCAGAUCUGCUUUACUACCAUCAGUAAAAUUCCCUGAUAUCUUUAACGCAGUAAUUUCUGAGGCUGUUUCACGGUCACGCAGCCACAGCGAAGUCCCCAAAUGUGCUCGGAAAGAGCCUAAAUUUGAAAAUAAUACAAUAGUUGGCCAAGCUAUUGAAGGAAUUUUUAAAAUUCUCCCCCAAAACGCUUUAGGAGAAGUUAAAGUUUAUGAUUUAGUAAGAUUUUUUAUUAGUCUCAAUCUGUCUGCGAGCUCAAAAAGCAUUGUCUCUAUAUUCACAAUCGACGAAUCCAGGCCUUUUAAUAUGCUUACUAUUAGCAAACAUCAUCUCCUUAUGAUGUGUGAUGAUUCUUACGCAGAAAAAACACUAACAAUUUUGAUUUCUGAACACAAAAAGUCCAAAGUUUUAUCGUUGAAUCACCGAAACUACCGGGUGAAAAAUCCUCAGUCAGAGUUCGAUCAGCUUUUAGCAGCAAUCCACAAUAUAUGGGACAGAAUUGACAAAGAUAAUAUCGGGUAUUUGUUUUGGCUAGACAUCGCUAAAAGUUUAGUUGAGCUGGGAGUUAUUCGCAAUAUCUCGAAAGGAAAAAGGUUGCUCGCAUGCUUUAGAAACGAAAACGUAAAGUUCUUACAAUUUCAAAGCCUAUUUUAUAAAGGCUUGGUGAGGAAAUUAAUUUUGGAUGUUGCUAAGAUUCUACAGUCCUCUAAAGCUCAGCAUAUUUCACCAUUCAUUGCAAUUUCGACUAGGAGAAGGAGAAUUCUACUAUCAAAUGCGAUUAACAAAUCUAACAACGAUAUAAGUGUUUUUCAACAAAUCAAUGAUUAUGAAAUAGAAUAUAGCAAAGGUUCUAUUAAAAAUAAUGUAAUAUCAUAG